UUUCCCGGGCUGUGACCACGCGCGGAGAUUCCGCUUACUCCCUUGGCCGCCCGGUGGGCCCUCCCCGCCAUUGUAGGAGGCCGCGCCCUGCCCCAAGCGGUCAGGCCGGUAGCGAGAAGCUUGGCUCCCGUCCUGUGAGUCUGAGCGGCGUGGUGGCUGCGGGUUCUUCCUGUAGGAGCGGAGACCUGGCUGGCGCGCAGGAAGGGCAGGGGGAUCGCAGCUUCCUCUUCGGAGUAUUGUCUAGUCAUUAAUUAUGUCUGACAACGGAGAGCUCGAAGACAAGCCACCAGCUCCACCUGUUCGGAUGAGCAGUACUAUCUUCAGUUCAGGAGGAAAAGAUCCUUUAUCUGCUAAUCAUAGCUUGAAACCUCUGCCUUCGGUACCAGAAGAGAGAAAGCCUAGGAACAAAAUCAUCUCCAUUUUCUCUAGCACUGAAAAAGGGAGUAGGAAAAAGGAAAAAGAGAGACCUGAAAUCUCUCCUCCCUCAGAUUUUGAACAUACUAUUCAUGUUGGCUUUGAUGCAGUUACUGGGGAAUUCACUGGAAUGCCAGAGCAGUGGGCUAGGCUGCUACAGACGUCAAACAUCACAAAAUUAGAACAGAAAAAAAAUCCCCAGGCUGUAUUAGAUGUUUUGAAAUUCUAUGAUUCUAAAGACACAGCAAAACAGAAAUAUUUGAGUUUUUCUGCUACAGAUAAGGAUGGAUUUCUUUCAGGAGCAAUAACACCUAAUGCAAAAAGGUCAGAGCCUUCAACAGCAACUGAAGAGGAAGAGGAAGAUGAAGUGGCUCCUCCAGUUAUUGCUCCAAGACCAGAUCAUACAAAAUCGGUUUAUACACGAUCAGUAAUAGAUCCCAUCCCAGCACCAUCUGGCGAUCUAAGUGACAGUGCUAAAUUAGCUGAUAAACAGAAAAAGAAGAACAAGAUGUCAGAUGAAGAGAUCACAGAAAGAUUACGAACAAUUGUUAGUAUAGGAGAUCCCAAGAAAAAAUAUACCAGAUAUGAAAAAAUAGGACAAGGGGCUUCUGGUACCGUUUUCAUUGCAAUAGAUGUUGCGACAGGACAGGAGGUUGCUAUAAAACAAAUAAAUCUACAGAAACAACCCAAAAAGGAGUUGAUUAUCAAUGAAAUUUUGGUAAUGAAAGAGCUGAAGAACCCAAACAUAGUCAAUUUUCUAGACAGUUACCUGGUUGGAGAUGAACUUUUUGUUGUAAUGGAGUAUCUGGCUGGUGGAUCCCUUACAGAUGUAGUUACAGAGACUUGUAUGGAUGAGGCGCAGAUUGCUGCUGUCUGCAGAGAGUGUUUGCAGGCACUGGAAUUCCUACAUGCCAACCAGGUGAUUCACAGAGAUAUUAAAAGUGACAAUGUGCUUUUGGGAAUGGAUGGUUCAGUUAAGCUGACUGACUUUGGGUUUUGUGCUCAGAUAACUCCAGAGCAAAGCAAACGUAGUACAAUGGUUGGAACACCAUAUUGGAUGGCUCCUGAAGUGGUCACACGGAAGGCUUACGGUCCUAAGGUGGAUAUCUGGUCUCUAGGUAUUAUGGCUAUUGAAAUGGUUGAAGGUGAACCUCCCUAUCUCAAUGAAAACCCUUUGAGGGCAUUAUAUUUAAUAGCAACUAAUGGCACCCCCGAGCUGCAGAGCCCAGAGAAACUGACUCCAAUAUUCCGUGACUUUUUAAAUAGUUGUUUGGAAAUGGAUGUAGAAAAAAGAGGGUCAGCCAAAGAUCUACUGCAGCAUCCUUUCUUGAAAAUGGCAAAACCUUUGUCAAGUUUGACACCAUUGAUUCUAGCCGCCAAAGAAGCCAUGAAGAGUAAUCGCUAGCAUUGCCAUUGUGGUCUUCAUCAUUCCUGGUUUUGUUUGUUUGUCUGCUUUGUUUUUUGUUUAAAUAUUCCUAUAAUAUACAAUUUGUUGCUCUUGUUAGAGAUGUUGAAAAUCUGCAGAAGGGAAAAAAUUCACCUCAGCUCUUAAGAUACAAGAGAAGAAAAAUGGUGAUAAUAGUGAACCUUUCUGCAAGUCUUGAAGAAGUUGUAAAUGAAUCACUGGCCUUUUUACCACUUCUAUAGACAACUCAAUAUUUUGCUAUGCCAAUGAGUUGUUUUUCAGUGACUUUGCUGUACCAGAUCCCAUCUGUGCUCUUAUUUGAACACUUGCAAUACUUGAACAAUCGAUUCAAGCUUUUAGAGGGAGGUAUUACUGUAAUUUGCUGACCAUUUUUCACCUUAGGUUUCCUUUGCUAGGCAGUAAUUCAAAGCAUGGGAAUGUUUGAGUUACUUAAGACAGUAGAAAUGUGAAAGUUCCUCUUUCUCCUUUUAAUAUGCAGUUAGGUGUAACCCUUCUUAUGUUAACCAUCCAGAUACCUGGGGACUAUUAUUCAGUAACAGUUCUGAAACAAAGAACAGAAGACAGAGUGGAAAGAAAGCAACUCAGCACAACUGGAUGUAGAAAUUUGUGCAUGGACUUUGUAAAAUAAGGGAAAGGUGCCUCUGAAUGUUGGAGGGUCAAUGCCUGUUGAGUAAUGGGAAAAGUAUUUUCUUUUCAGUAAUGAAACCAUCCUUUGAGCUUGGGGAGAAAACCCCACUCCUAUGAAUUGUCUUCCAUUUGUUCCUUGCCUGUAAGGGCUAAUUGGUAACCUUUUAAAGGGAUGUCUUGGAAAACGUGUUGUUUUAUAGCAAAGUGCUUUAUCCAUGUUCUGACUUGGGCUGUGGGCUACAUGCUGGUGCCUUCUGAUUUUUAAAAUUACCUUUCUUUGUAUUAAAUACAUUUUGUAUAUGUUGUACAUUUUCUCUCCAAAACAAAUUUGAAAUUGUCAGGACUAAGUAUUAGAGGUUUCUUUCUUUAUAUAUAUAUAUAAAUAUAAAUAUAUUCAUACUAUUUCUACUCAUAAAAGACCCAGAAGAUUUGCAAAAGAUCCAAGAUUUUUAUAUGAUUCAGUUGACUAAAGCCUCAGAACACCUGAAGUGCUAUUUUAUACAGAUAGAAAUGGGAGAGGAGAUAAUUUAGACUCAAAAUUAUUGGAAUUGUCUUGUGAAUGACUAAGAAACUUUGUCUUGGUGAUUUUUUUCUUUUGAAAAACUUUACUAUUAAGGAGAAAAACAAGAUAGAGUGCCUCUCAUGAUAAAAGAAACUGAUUAGAUUAAUAAAGUAAGCCAACAUCUGAUUAAAUGGGGCAAGAUUUGGAGUUUCAUAUUGCUCAAAUUUAAAAUCACUGUAUUUUUGUGACCUUGAUAGAACAUUUCUGAAUGAUAAUGUGCCAAAUAAUAAUGUAAGACAUUAUUUAAUUUGGUGCUCCAGCUUUCUUGCAUUCCUAGAUAGUAUUUUUGGGAGAGCUUCUUAAAGUCCUAGUUAAGAGGCUGCCUCCUGGAGCUUUUCUCAUGGUCAGUGCUAAAUCCUUUUUCUAUUUGUGAACAAUAUUCAUAUAAAAAGAUCAUGAUGAAGGUAUUGUAAAAUGGCUGCUGGCCAUAUUCCAGGUUUUGAUCCACAGUAGUACAAAGGGCUCUAAUUGUUUUACAUCUUGGAACUUUUUUGCUUUCUGAUUGAUACCAGCAAUGCCUUAUUAAUGCAACUAAAAACAAUGCCACACUUGUAUAUCCAUAUCUUGUCAGAAGUAUUACUCUGAAAAUCGUGUAACAAACAAGUCUAUUUAUUUUCAGAAUAUUUUGAAUGUGCUUUGGUUUGGUCCAAGAAGGUGUGAUGUCCUAGUCUGAGAUGUAUUUUUAAGUCCAGUUCCUUCUUUUAAAAAUGGCUUUCAAUGUUAAUACAGAAGUUAAAAUAAUUUUGAUCUUAAUAUUGAUAAAUUUUUAAAACAUUAAAAAUUCCAGUUAAUUUAAUCUUUUAUUGGGUUUUUGUCUGUUGCUGGCAAUGGAAUAUGUAGAAAUGAAGGCUUCUGUGGAUAUGUAUGUUUUAGUGUUUUUUUUUUAAUAAUAGUAUGAAAAGAUAGUUCUCUUCUGAAUACUUAAAAUUCUUAACAUUUAUUGUCACCUUAAUAAAAUGGAUUUUGGUAGAUAAUGAACUGAAUUUUAACCAUGUUUUUCAAAUUGCUCAAAGUUUCUUACAAUUGAAUUAACACAAGAGUUGAAAUAUGUUGUACACUUAUUACUUUGCCUGAAGGUAUCCGAGUACUCCAAAUUGUGUCUAUUUGAUAUUCUUAAAAUGUAAUAUACAACUUAUAUAAUAAUCUAAUUUUUGUGCCCAUUGUUCAUUAAAAAAAGAUAGAAAUGAAUUGAGGGGAACAUUCCAUUAGAUAAACAAAACAGCAAUGUUUUGUUUGUAAUUUGUAUACUUUGGAUUGGACAUACCCUACUUUUUUUCAGACAAAGAAGUAGAAAACUACAUUAAUCAGAUUUUCAAAAAUAAAAUGAAUAAAUAUUGGCUGCUUCAUUCAGUCUUGAAGUACAUAUUUCUGAAACAUAAUUAGUUUUGGUCAACUUAAAACAUUGAGCCAAAUUAAAAUUUAAAACUGUCCAUCUUAAAGCAUAUAAUACCUGCAAUUUCCUAAAUCAAAAUACUGUUUUGUAGAGAUUGCUGAAGAGAAAGGAGAUUUUAAUUGGAUAACUUUAUGUAUCUUUAAAACUGGAGUGAUAAAAGUUCAUGAGUGUAUGAGUUCAUAAACAGAACUCAUCACUUCCAUUAAAUAACUAAAUCAGCUUUUGGAUCUUAGGCAAGAUUGUCAUGUAUGUUUGAUAGUGUGAUACUGUAAUGAGAAAACAUAUUUCAUUAAAGCAAGCUUAUCUGGAAUGAUGAGCUCUUAUUCUUCCCCCCUCCCACUUAGAAUAAAGUGAACCAUGUUUGGGUUGGGUUGGAGUCAUUCAUCAUUUGGAAUUACAUCCAGUUAACUUAAGUGGUCAUCAUAUGCAUACUCUGGAACAGUUUGGAGUCAGUUCACUUUUCUGUUGUAGUUGGAGUCAAUUAAGUGUUGAAGAAUUUGUUUUUGUAGCUGGAAUUAAUGGUUUCUUUAUUUGUUCUUUUGUCAGAUGGAGAUGGAAAUAAUGCAAGCUUUUAAUUUUUUUAAUUGUCCUCAAAUUUUGUAUAAUUUAAUCUCAUUCUGUUAUUUAAUGUUACCACAAUAUUAACUACUGUAUGUUUAAUGAUUCUUUCAGGGCUAGAAAUAAACAUUUUUAAAAUGA